AUGGAUAAUGAAUCUAAGUGUGCAAAUUUAAGCCCAGGAAGAGAAAAAAAUUCCAAAAAUAAGUUUAAAUCUCGUGGCGCAAAACGAAAAAGGAUAAAUAGCAGUAGCAGUACAGAUGGAGAUGAUAUAUUACCAGAAAAUACUUUUGAUGUGGAAAAGAAUCUUUGUGCAUCUGCUAUUAAGAAUAAUUUAGAUGAUGUCAGUGUAAAAAAAAUAUUGAAGAAAGUUGUGACAAAUGAUCAUGUGUUAGCACUUGUUAAAAUGCGCGAGGAAGAAGAAAAUUCUUGGACUGAGAAUAAUCUACGUCCAAAAAUUACAAGAGCUAAGGCCAAAGAGUUAAUGAAAGUGUCUCCAAAAUGUGCUCCAUGGAACUUGGACUUAACACCAAUAAAACAUAUACCAGUCAAGACCAGGCCAGAAGUUAAGGCGUUAAUUGCUCAAGAAUUGCCUGAAGAUGAAGAUGAUGAUGAAUAUGAGCCCACUCAUGAUGAUGUCCCGAGUGAUGAUGAUCACGUUCUGGAAUCGUGUAGUGAUCUGGACUCUCAGCCUCGUACACCAGCGACACCCAAAAGUCAGAAGAAAGCUAGCCCAAAGAUUGUUCAAGAUGGGCCCUUUAAAGUGCCACAGGGAUUAGCAACGCCAGUUUGCAGGAAAUUAAAUUUAGAUGAAGAGGAAGCAACAAUAGCACUAAGAACUAGAUCAAAAGUGAGCCUCACCGAAACAUCAAUAGAGCACCUAGAAAGUUCAUUUGUGCCACCGGACGAUUUGCCCGUUACCGACGUAGAUGAUUUAUGGAACGAAUUCUUAAACGAAUGCCUGAAUCCUGCACCUGUUGUGAGGAAUGAGGAGGAUGACGAGACUGACCCUGAAUACAAUGUUGCAGCAGACCCUGAUGCUAAUGAAGAAGACGAAGAAACGUUAGAGAAUAGCAUAAUAAAGAUAUCACGUAAGGAGUUAAAUGAUCUGGUCACAGAACUGUUCCAUGUGAUGCCGGAGGUGUCGGAUGAGCAACUGCAAGAAGUGCAGAGUGUUUUGGACCAAGAGAAAACUUUUGAGGUGAACCUAACUCCGUGGGAAGUCAAACAAGAAUCUAUCUCAGACGAAGAAAAGUCUCAUUUAAAUAUGGCUGGGAAAAUUAAAUAUGAAAAGAGAUUUUCGGUAGGAAAAACUGAAGUCGAUGAUAAUCAUGAAGUAUUGGAAAAUGUCGCGAAUAAUAACCAUACUGCAGAACUUACGGUUUCUGUAAAUGAAUCUGUACCAGACGCAAUUAUAGAACAGCAACAGCAGGCACCAACAAAAGUGACAAUAUCAAUAGAGGAAAGUGAGGGGACUGUGAGGCCCCCGCCGCAGCCGCCGCAGUCGCCCCCCGCGCCCCUAAAGGGCCUCCUUGCACCGGAGACCCAGGUCAUUGAGAUACAGUUGGAUGAAAGUGUUAAGCUAUACCCGGAGCAAGUGCAGGUGCUGCAGCAGCAGCUACGACAGCACGUGCAGCUGGCGGCCGGCAACUUCCUGCAGCUGUACGUGCACCCCACGCUGUGGCAGUACGCGCCGCAGUACAAGGAGUAUUUGCAAUCUCUAAACAACAUGACGGUGACAAACCCCAAGUCAGUGGUGAACGUGUGCAACUUAAAACCAGCCUUAGAUUUAAUAGGCAGUUGGGAAAAAACAUUGUCGGAGAAUCCACAGGAUGCUGAACUGUUGGUUGCAUUUCUCACCAAAGAAGUGGAGAAAUACCGUCGUCGCACAGCUCAAAAUUCUAUGUACAUGGGUGAUUUCCAUGAAAUGUUCAAGAAAGUUGUGGCCAACAGUCCAGUGUUUCUUUACCCGUAUCUCCUUCCUCCGAUGCCGUAUAGAGCUGAUUUUGCUCAUAAACGGUCAAGCUAUUUGAACUCUGAGGAUCAGCUAAUAGUCCUCGGCCUGGACCAGUUCUGGCAGUACAUAAAGGAGAACCCGGGCACGUACCGGCUGCCGCGGCACGCGCGCCGCCGCGCCGGCCUCACGGCGGCCGCGCGCCUCGCCUGCCGCUACUCGCUGCCCGGCGUGUCGCUGCGCGCGCUGCUCUCGCACGUGCAGGCCGCGCGCCACCAGGACGCCGACGGACCCAUUGCGAGAUACUUCAAGAAGAACGAGAUAGAUCCAGUGAAACACAAGCUGUUACCUUUCAACCCCAAACUGACGCUGUACGAACAGCCCGAGUCCGAGAUGCCUCACCUGUGGAUCAAGUACCUUGCGAAAAGCAGUAAGAGGUUUAGAAAUCAUUUAUAUCGCCGACCCAAAGCAACUGCAGCGCCCGCGGGUAUAGAUGUAGAGAUCGGUAAACAUAUCUGCAACAAAGAGAAAUCGCCAUUGCCAAUAGAUUUUACAAAGGAAAUAACAUGCAAUCGAUCGAAUAUACUACCAAAAAUACAAAAACCCAAUCUAGUCGAUAGGGUCGAUGUGCAAAUUCAGGCGACCACACGCGAUAAUAUGAUAGUUGCAUCAAAUAUAUAUAGACUUGUUAAUACCAGCUCAGGUACUCACUUGAUACCUUUAUUAGUAAUAAAUACGAACACUGUUAAUAGCACAACGACUCCUAUAUGUACUCCAGCUCCUGUUAACACAAAUAUCGAUAACGGAAAUAUCGAUUCGAAUAAUUGUAUUGAAUCGAAUACGAACUUGUGGAAAAUCGAUUCCGUUCACUGUAAAUGUUGUCGUCUCUUAAGGAAAUUUGUGAAGAGACCGACUCUUAUUACAGAUUAUUUUGGUGUAAAAAAACGAGAUGUAACAUGUGAUUGUAUUAAUAGACAGUAUCCAAAUAUAUCAAAUAAAUUGAAAAUAUUAAUAAAUAACUUUAAAAAGCAUUAUAAUGUUGUUAAUGAUGGCCUGUCACAUAAAAUAGAAGAAUAUAUGGUAUAUACAAAGCGCGUGAAUGGAAAUGAAGAGGCUGGUUGUAGUUCAAAGGAUAUUGAAACAGCAAUGAAAUUCCAAAUCAAACUAAUAGAGCGAUGCAACAUAGCUCGAAACAAUCAAAUAAAGAGGUCUCUACACACAACAUUUAUGAAGUUCGAUAUUUAUAAUGACGAAGUAUUGGAAUUAUACAAAAAAAUGUCCAAAAUAUUCGAUGUGGAGUUAGUGGAUAUAUAUAAGGAAUUCCUUGGUUUCUUGACAGCGGAACAAGCGGACAAGAUGGACGUAUUCAAAGAUUAUUUUAUAUGGAAUUGUGUCGAGGAUUUAAUAGAGAAGAUUGAGGAAAAAGUACCUGAUAACAGAAAGAAGUAUAGGAUAUUGGAAAAAAUAAAAGAAGUAAUUUUAGAUAAUUCAUUAAAACCAUGUGACAUUUGUUAUAAGCUGUUAGAAUGUACUCAGGAAUUUCCCGAGUUGAUGAAGUAUAUAUUUUCAUUGUUCCCACAUCGACGGAGACAAUUUACCAGAGUCCCAGAUAAAAGUUUCAAGGAGAAAAUAGAGGAUCAAGACGACACAAUGAGAACAUGCGAUGACACUAACGCCACUAUAAAUUAUGAAGCGGACAAUUCAUCCAGCGAUGAUGAGGAACAAAAAAAUAAUGAAGGAGAAAAAGAAGAGGAGGAAGAAGAAGAGGAAGAUGAGGAAGAGGAGGAGGAAGAUGAAGGAAAAAAAGAGGAAGAAGAAGGAGAAGAAAGCGGCACGCCGCCGUCGCCAGCCUCAUCACCUGCCCGUCAAGUCUUUAUGAUAAAGGAUGAACAAGGAGAUGAAUCAGAAAUUACAAUUACUGAAACCAAAGUCCAAGGACAGGAUGAUUCAGACAUGUCAGCACUCAUUAUGUCUGAAGACGAAUGUAUUAAAGAAGAAUCUCCGGAGUGGCAUCGGGAUGAGGAUAAACUUAUUUUAGAAGUUCUAAAGCAUUACCUUACUUCAGCAAAAAUCAAAGAUAAAACAUUACUCGAAAUUAUUGAAGAGAAAAAUAUAAUAAGCAUGAUUGCAGAUAGUUUGCAUAAGUCUAUGCAAGAUGUUAAGGGACGAAUAUUGUAUUUAUUACAAAUACUUAUUGAAAAUGAAAUUAAUAAA